AAUAUUAGUAGACGUCAAGAAAUGCCUAUGAAUUAUUCACUUGUUAUUGAACCAUUUGAUGUUUGGGGCUUUGAUUAUAUGGGACCUUUUCCUGCCUCUAAUGGAUAUACACAUAUUUUAGUUGCUGUUGAUUACGUUAUUAAGUGGGUAGAAGCUAUUCCAACUAGUAGUGCUGAUCAUAACACUUCUAUUAAAAUGCUUAAGGAAGUUAUUUUUCCGAGUUUUGGAGUCCCUAGAUAUUUAAUGACUGAUGGUGGUUCACAUUUUAUUCAUGGUGCUUUCCGUAAAAUGCUUGCUAAGUAUGAUGUUAAUCAUAGAAUUGCAACUCCUUAUCACCCACAGUCUAGUGGUCAAGUAGAAUUGAGUAAUAGAGAGCUCAAAUUAAUUUUGCAAAAGACUGUCAAUAGGUCUAGAAAGAAUUGGUCCAAGAAACUUGAUGAUGCAUUAUGGGCCUAUAGAACUGCAUAUAAAAAUCCUAUGGGUAUGUCUCCGUAUAAAAUGGUUUAUGGAAAAGCAUGUCAUUUAGCUCUCGAACUAGAACAUAAGGCAUAUUGGGCUAUUAAAGAGCUCAACUAUGAUUUCAAACUUGUCGGUGAAAAGAGGUUAUUUGAUAUUAGCUCACUUGAUGAAUGUAGAACCCAAGCUUAUGAAAAUGCCAAGUUGUUUAAAGAAAAAGUUAAAAGGUGGCAUGACAAAAGGAUACAAAAGCGUGAGUUUAAUGUAGGUGAUUAUGUAUUGCUAUACAACCUUCGCUUAAGAUUUUUUGCAGGAAAACUUCUCUCUAAAUGGGAAGGCCCUUACGUUAUCGAGGAGAGGAAGCCGUUCUUCGCCGUCCACCAGUGCAUGAUGGCCGUCACAGCAAGCGCAGGUGCAGGCUACAGCGAUGGUGCACAUGGUUCGAGCGCCCUGAUUCAGAUCAGGUGUCAGAUCCGGUGA